AGAAACCCCUUUCCAUUUCUCUUAACACUUGGAGGAGUUUAAUUUUUCAAAAACCCUUUGGGGUUAUCUUCAGAUUUCUCAGUGCCCGAAAUUGUCAGUGAAGGAAAUUUGUAAAAACCUUACAGCUGCUGCUUGUUUUGGAUUUCCUUUCUUUUUAAUCCAUGGGAAAUUGCUGUGCUAACCCCAGCUCUAAUGUUGAGAAUAAGAAGAAGGGGCACAAAAAGAACAAAGCUAACCCGUUUUUUGGAGAUGAAUAUGCAGUCAACAAUGGAUCUGCUACUAACUUCAAGCUGAGGGUUUUAAAGGAACCAACUGGUCAAGAUAUUUCGGCUCGAUACGAUCUAGGCCGUGAGCUGGGGCGCGGAGAAUUCGGGGUAACAUAUCUGUGUACAGAUGUGAACUCCGGUGAGAAAUAUGCUUGUAAAUCGAUAUCGAAGAAGAAACUGAGGACCGCAGUGGAUAUUGAGGAUGUGAGGAGGGAGGUAGAGAUAAUGAAGCAUUUGCCUAAGCAUCCUAAUAUCGUGACAUUGAAGGAUACUUAUGAGGAUGAUGAUGCUGUUCACAUUGUUAUGGAACUGUGUGAGGGAGGAGAGUUGUUUGAUAGGAUCGUCGCGAGGGGCCACUACACGGAACGAGCCGCUGCCGGGGUUAUGAGGACGAUCGUCGAAGUUGUUCAGAUGUGCCAUAAACAUGGAGUCAUGCAUCGCGAUCUCAAACCUGAGAAUUUUCUAUUUGGAAAUAAGAAGGAAACUGCCCCAUUGAAGGCAAUUGAUUUUGGGCUGUCGGUCUUCUUUAAACCCGGUGAGCAAUUCAAUGAGAUCGUGGGAAGUCCAUAUUACAUGGCUCCCGAGGUUCUUAAACGAAAUUAUGGCCCAGAGAUCGAUGUUUGGAGUGCUGGAGUUAUCCUCUAUAUUUUACUUUGUGGUGUGCCACCAUUCUGGGCAGAGACCGAGCAGGGGGUAGCACAGGCGAUUAUCCGCUCUGUUAUCGACUUUAAGAGGGACCCAUGGCCUAAAGUUUCGGACAAUGCGAAGGACCUUGUAAAGAAAAUGCUUAAUCCCGAUCCAAAGCUACGUCUUACAGCACAGGAAGUGCUUGAGCAUCCGUGGAUACUAAAUGCCAAGAAAGCACCCAAUGUUUCACUGGGUGAGACUGUGAAAGCUCGGCUCAAACAAUUUUCUGUAAUGAACAAGCUGAAGAAAAGAGCUCUAAGGGUGAUUGCUGAGCAUUUGUCGGUGGAGGAAGUAGCCGGCAUAAAAGAGGCUUUUGAUGUAAUGGACACUGGAAAACGAGGCAAAAUAAACCUUGAGGAGCUUCGGACAGGGUUGCAAAAGCUCGGCCAACAGAUUCCUGAUGCAGAUUUGCAGAUCCUAGUGGAAGCUGCUGAUGUUGAUGGUGAUGGAACUCUGAAUUAUGGAGAAUUUGUAGCAGUUUCAGUUCACCUCAGGAAAAUGGCCAAUGACGAGCACUUGCAUAAAGCCUUUGCAUUCUUUGAUCUAAAUAAAAGUGGCUUCUUAGAGAGAGAAGAUCUGCGAGAUUCCUUAAACGAUGAAGUUGAUACCAGUGAGGAAGUUAUUGAUGCCAUAAUGCAUGAUGUUGACACCGACAAGGAUGGGCGCAUAAGUUACGAUGAGUUUGUUGCGAUGAUGAAAGCCGGUACUGAUUGGAGGAAAGCAUCCAGGCAAUAUUCACGUGAAAGAUUCAACAGUCUAAGCUUGAAGUUGAUGAGAGAUGGUUCAUUGCAAUCGGCUAAUUGAGUACAAGUCUAAUAGAUACCAGUCGAUAAAAACAAAACAAAACAAAACAAAAAAGUUAAGUACCAUUGCUUUGAAGGGUAAAAAAAGAAGAAAAAUUCCUUGAUUGUUUGGUUGAUACUGUCGAUUUCUUUUAUUUUUCCAAUUUGUUUUCGAGUGGAACCUUCGAGGUAGAUAAUGCUAGAUCGAUGCAUGUGUUAUUAUCAGUA